CCAACAGAGUCCUUCAUUAGAGGUACGAAAAAGCCGAAGACCGGCACCAUUUCGUAAUCAUUUCAGACGUGUCGGUCUCGCGAGGAUGAUAACCUAAUUGCCGGAGGAUGAUCCAACCGUGUCCUGUGGCUGUUUCUAGCGGUCUUCUAGAAGCUUUUGCCCGUUGGUUGCGUCCAGCAGCACAGUGGCAGCUCAACUUCAGCCCUACGCAAAUUGCCGUGCACUGAUAGCCUGUUUGCCGUUGGGGCUUGCACGGCUUGCAACAAGCGAGCUCAGCUGUGACUUGCUUUGUCAUCAGCAGCUUCAUCGGACCAUCGCUGAGACUUUGGACUGUCAAACUGUCUGAUCAGCAGCAAGAUGAUUGUUAUGCGACUUCAUCUGAAUGCAAUCACACAUAUGUCAUCUUGGUGAAAGAUUAGGCGAUUCAGACGACUUACAAGUUGACCCACCCUCACAUACCCAAAAUGACGGACUCGCCGUCUGCGAUUGGUCCGAUACGGCGUGCACAUCGAAAGAGUCGAACGGGUUGUACGGCGUGUAAGGCCCGGAAGAUCAAGUGCGACGAGCAUCACCCUUCAUGCAUCAAUUGCAUCUCCCACGGGCUGCAAUGCCCGUUCCUGUCGAUGAAAGCCAACCUGCCGCCUAGACCCAGGCCACAGUCUCAAACAGCAAGUCCGGUCACCCAGUCCCAGUUCCAAUCACCAUCACCGGUGUCACCACCACGACAACCAUCACCACCACCACCGAGCAUUCCCACCAACCCCAGCUAUCACCCCAUUUCAGGCGUUAACAACCCAAUUGAAAACAAUGACGACGACCCCCUUCCAACGCUCCACCUCCUCCUCCUCCACAACUUCACCUCCUCCACCUACCUAACCCUAACCACCGACCCCACCGUCGCCAACUUCUGGCGCACCUCCGUCGUCAACCUCGCCUUCUCCCUCUCCUCAUCAUCCCCAUCUUCCUCCUACCUCCUACGCGUCCUCCUCUCCGUCUCCGCCCUGCACUUGGCCUUCCAGCAAUCAUGCCCCCAGAAACGGGAUUUCUACACCGCUCAGGGCAUCCUCUUGCAUCAAAAGGCGACCAGAGAGGCAAUGAGGAGGAUGUUACCUGUGAUAGAAAAGGAGGAGGAUGAGCUCGGCUUGUAUCUGUUUGCGAAUUUGACCAUUUAUGUGGCGCUGGCGAGCCCGAGGGGGAGAAGGGGGGAUGGGAGGGUAUAUGUUUUGGAUAGGCCUCGUGGGGAGGUGGAAGGGGAGGCGUGGCCUGGAUCGGGCAGGGGGUCUGGUGCUAGAGCAGGAGUGGCAACGGUCGGAGGAGAACCCUCAAAAGGACUUAACUUCCCCGAUUGGGCCUUCCUAGUCAACGGCCCCAAGUCGCUCAGCAACUUUAUUAUGAACAAUGAAGCGCAUCGAGAGUUUCUGAAGCCGUUCCUGGCGUAUGGAGGGAGGAGGUGGAAGGAGGCGAGGGGCGAGUCGUCAACUUCAUGUUCCUCCAGUGCCGCACCGUCGAAGACUGGGACACCGACACCAUUUGCCUGUACGCCAACCGAACAGAAAAGAGUGACUGAAAAUGGGAGGAGUGGGAUACCGAAGCCCGUCGGACCGCUGUCUCAUCUCCGCGAGCUCAUCAGCAGAGACACCACCAACCCUCACCUUCAGACUUACCUUUUCGCCAUCGACGAACUGGAACUGUCGCUCACGCACCUGACAUCUUCUUCUCCCACCUCCCCCACAUCCACGGCCACGUCCUCACCCAACACCAUCACCACAACCGCCCCAAACCUCACCACAUGCGCCGCCGACGACUCCUCCAACCCCAAUAAUCCCAACCCAAAUACACAAGGAGGUGACGUCCUAGACGCAAUGCUCUGGCUCUGGGCCGUCUCCGACUCGCUCGUUCCCCUCUUGAAAAUCCCAACCCAAGAAGCCGUCGCAAUCUUUGCGCACUUUGGCAUCUUGCUCAAGCACCAUGAGCGACAGUGGUGGUUGCAAGGAUGGGGAGACCAUUUGAUUUUGAGAGCGAAGGAUAUCUUGGACGAGGAACAUCGGGGGUGGAUUAGCUGGCCGUUGGGAGUGUUGGAAGGAGACGGAGCGUGA